AUGGAGGCGUCACAGACACUCAUUCAGGAGUCGCGCGUGCACAGCUACCAGGAGGUACACGUGUCCGAGACGCGGCAAAUCAAGAAGAAGUCCAAAUCCAAGAGGCAUAAGGAAGAGGGUUCGAUAUCUGUGUCGAAGAGCUCUGAGAAGCUGCACAAGAAACUGAAGGCAGUGAACGGGGAAUCGAACCCGCAGUGCGAGAAAUGCGCCCGGCCAGUUUACGCUAUGGAGAGAGUGAAAGCGGAACGCAGGGUCUGGCACAAGGAGUGCUUCCGAUGUGUCCAGUGCAAUAAACAGCUCACAGUGGAGACGUAUCAAAGUGACCACACAACUCUAUACUGUAAGCCACACUUCAAGCAUCUCUUCGAGCCGAAGCCAGUGGACGGUGAUGAUGAGACGGAUGCUGCUCCUAAGAAACACCAAAUGAUCAUCUGUGAAAGCAAUCCGGUCGAGUUGCCGCCGGAUGUCGUUAGAGCUUCGGACAAGCCGGACCUGGGGCUGGAGGAGCUGGCGCAGCUGGACGUGAAGUCGCGCUUCCAGGUGUUCGAGCGCGGCGCGCAGCCUUCUGAGUGCGAGCCGCAGCCGCAGACUCGCGCGCCGCGCGAGAAGUCCAGCGCGCUGCUCUCCAAGCUCGCCAAAUUCAAAGCGAAGGGCAUGGAUAUUGGCGUUUCGGAUGAGUACCUCAAUGGAGUUCAGGUGGAGCCAAGCUCCAGUGAGCCCGAGGAUGAGGAUGACGAGGACUCGGUGCUGCGCAAGUCGUACAUGCAGGCGGGUUCGCGCGAGCAGGCCGUGCCGCUGUGCAACAUGAGCGAGAUCGUAGGCCGCUUCGAGGCGGGCCCGCGAGCCGCCUCCGACCGCCACCGCGAGCGCAAGCAGGAGAUACAGAACAUACGCAGCAGGCUCUUCAUGGGUAAGCAAGCUAAGAUCAAGGAAAUGUACGAGCAGUCUGUUAUGCAGAGUGAGCAAAGUAAGACGUCUGCGGAGAAGAUCGCCAGGGAUUUGGAACUGGACGCAGAAAAGGCUCGCGCGAUCAAGCAACGCUUCGAGAACGGAGAAGUGUUCAACGAUGAAAACCAACCGCCGAAGAACAGGGAGAUCGAAGACAAGUCGCUGUUCAACGAAGGUAUUGCUAAGAAGUCGCGCUCAAUCUUCCUAGAGCUGGACGCAAACGCGAAGAGCGUCCCGACCUCCCCACCAGUGCAGGAAGCUCCGAAGAGGAAGGAGAUCCCAUUCGUACCAAAAGACGUGGUCCGGGCGGCGGACAAAGUAGAAGACGUGAAGAUCGAGACCGCGGACAUUUCUGACCGAUUCCGGUUCUUCGAGACCUACAGACCGGAGACCAACCGUAAAGAGUUCAGGAUGACUCCGCCCAGGCAAACGCAGCGUGGCAAAUCCCCGUCACCGGAAGUGUACCAUGAGCCCAGCGUGGUGCGAAGUGCGGCGGGCUCUGCCGACACCGCGCUGGCGGCCGACCGACACACCGCCUCGCGCAUGAUCUCCGUGUUCCGUCAGCUGGAGGAGCAACGACACAAGCCCGACGAUACACAGGGUCCAAAACCCCUGAAGUGCUUUACUCCCCCACCUCCUGGCGAAGCAAACCAUCAAGGGGACACCUCUGAGGAGGAGUCCAGUUCCGAGUAUGAGGAGGACAGCGAGGAGGAACGUAGGAGAAUUUAUCUCGAAGCGAGGCAAAGGGACGAGGCACUUAAACAGGCUCAACAAUUGGCUAGAACGAAGAGUUUCCGAGACCGCUUCGAGCACUGGUCGGAAUCGGAGCCACAACGCUCACCUUCUAGCGUGCUCAUCCAGAGGGAAUACAACGAGGAAGAUGGGGAAUCGCAGCUGGAAACUGCGAGAAGCUUGCGUGAGAAAUUCGAGAAGAUGAAAGUUCAGCAAACUACUGUCACCAAAACCGUCGUGCCCAAAGUGAAUCGAUUUGUGUCGAUGUGGGACUGA